CCAGUGGAUUUUCAUGGGCUAGCGGCGGGCUCGGGGUGUCCAGCCAUGAACCGCGUCAAUGGACUGUGCAAGGUGUGCUCGGAGCGCAGAUACAGGCAGAUCACGAUCCCUCGAGGGAGUGAUGGCUUUGGUUUCACCAUCUGCUGUGACUCCCCAGUCCGUGUGCAGGCCGUGGACUCUGGUGGCCCAGCAGAGAAGGCAGGUCUGCAGCAGCUGGACACGGUGCUGCAGCUGAACGAGCAGCCUGUGGAGCACUGGAAGUGUGUGGAGCUGGCGCACGAAAUCCGGAACUGUCCCAGCGAGAUCAUCCUGCUGGUGUGGAGGCUGGUCCCGCAGGUGAAGGCAGGCCACGAGGGGAUGAUCCGCAGGUCCUCCUGCAAGUCCGCCUACGACCUGCAGUGCCCCCCGCACAAGCGGGAGAAGAACAGCGCGGGGCCCGGCCCGGCCGAGCAGCGCCGCAGCUGCCACGUCCUGUACGACAGCAGCGAGGGGCUGCUGCUCAACGGCUGGGACAGGUACACUGAGCUGGGCAAGAGGGGCCAGAACACCCUGCCAGCCCUGUCCCGGGUGCCCUCGGCCGCCGACCAGAACUACAUCAUCCUGACGCCCCUGAACCCGGGCAGCCAGCUGCUGAGGCCUGUCUAUCAAGAGGACAACAGCACUGGGGGGAAUGCUCCUAAAGGGAAAUCCCACACGGGGUCUGGGAGGAAAUCCAGGCUGAUGAAGACUGUGCAGUCCAUGAAGAGCCACGGGAACUACCAGAACUGCACCAUAGUGAGGCCCCACAUCCCACACUCCUACGGCACCUACGUCACCCUGGCCCCCAAAGUGCUGGUGUUCCCCAUCUUUGUGCAGCCCCUCGAUCUUUGCAACCCAGCCCGGACUCUGCUUCUGUCGGAGGAGCUGCUUCUUCACGAGAGCAGGAACAGGACUACACAGGUGACCCUGUUUGUGUACUCGGACCUGCUGCUCUUCACCAAGGAGGACGAGCCCGGGCGCUGCAACGUGCUGAGGAACCCCCUGUACCUGCAGAGUGUCAAGCUCCAGGAGGGUUCAGAAGAUCGGAAGUUCUGCCUCCUUUACCUUGCAGAGAAGUCGGAGUGCUUAUUAAGUUUGGAGGCUUACUCCCAGGAGCAGAAGAAGAGGAUCUGCUGGUGUCUGGCUGAGAACAUCACCAAGCAGCAACAUCCGGCAUCGGCUCCUACGGAGAACAAGAUGCUGGAGACAGACACGGAGAAGCCAGGGCAGAUGCACUCGGAGGACGGGAAGGCAACAGUGGGUGAUGCUCCUCCGGCUGCUGAGGCACCGGCUCUGGCCAAGCCCUGGGAUGUCCUGGGAGCCACCCAGGGUCCUCUCCUGGUGGAAAAGCAGCCAGUGGCCACUGCAAAGGGAGAGGAGCAGCCCAGCUCCCUGCCAGCCUUCGUCAUCCCGGAGCUGCGCCUCGACAGCACCUUCAGCCAGAGCGCGGCCGGCGUGCUGGGCAGCACCAUGGACGGGGAGGACGAGGACGACGAGGAGGACGAUGAGGACGAGGAGGAUGAGGAGGAGGAGGAGGAGGACAGUGACGAGCAGUACCUGGAGAGGAGCGAGGUGAAGCGCAGCAGCAUGAUCGAAACGUCGGGCGGCCAGGCCGGGUACACGCUGAGCGUGCAGGGCUCCCUGCGGCGCCGCACCCACAGCGAGGGCAGCCUGCUGCAGGAGGCCAAGGGGCACUGCUUCACCUCCGACACCACCCUCAACUGCUCCGACAGCCAGGGCUCCACGGCCCGCUGGGCACUGCCCUCCCCCAGGACCCUCAAGAAAGAGCUCGUCAAGAACGGCGGCUCCAUCCACCAACUCACGCUGCUGUUUUCGGGCCAAAGGAAGCUGAGUGGAGCCGACCCCGAGUGCAGCUGUGAUGAAGGGGACGAGACCUCCCGCAAGAAACGGAGCAGGAGCCUAGCCAAGGACAUGAAGAACCGGCUGGGGAUUUUUCGGCGGAGGAACGAGUCCCCCGGAGCCAACCCCUCCGGCAAGCUGGACAAAGUGCUCAAAUCCCUCAAGCCCACUCCUGAGGAAGCACUCAAGUGGGGAGACUCCCUGGAGAAGCUGCUGCUGCACAAAUACGGGCUCGCUGCCUUCAGGGCCUUCCUGCGCACCGAGUUCAGCGAGGAGAACCUGGAGUUCUGGCUGGCCUGUGAGGAGUUCAAGAAGAUCAAAUCCCAGUCCAAGAUGGUCUCCAAGGCCAAGAAGAUCUUUGCCGAGUACAUCGCCAUCCAGUCCUGCAAGGAGGUCAACCUGGACUCCUACACCCGGGAGCACACCAAGGAGAACCUGCAGAACAUCACCCGCAGCUGCUUCGACCUGGCGCAGAAGAGGAUUUACGGGCUCAUGGAGAAGGACUCGUACCCCCGCUUCCUGCGCUCUGACUUGUACCUGGACAUAAUUAACCAGAAGAAAGCCAGCUCCCCGCUGUAGACCCAAGGACUGUCUCGGGGCAGGCUGGGAGCUGUGUGUUUACAUGGAAUUGGGCAGUGGAGGCCUUCCUGGGAGCCGGUGGGAGCGUGAUUUCCUGCUGCCGCUCGUGCCCCCAAGCCAUAAUUCCUGCAGCGACGGACGUGGGGCAGCUGAAGGCACCGAGCCUGGGGCCAGGGGGACCGACACACCAAGCAGUCUGGUACUGCUCCAUCGUGGGUACGACGCCUUCGGGGUGACUCCGGCGUGGAUUUUGGCAUGGAGGGGAGCUCCCCCAAGGCUACUGGGAAGCAGUGCCCCGGCUGGGAGCGGUCCUGGAGGGCGGCGAGGGACCCCGAACUGCCGAGGAGGAGUUUUGAGCAGGGCUCCAGCAAGGGGACGACAGCACCGCCACGACCACCCCAUCCCCCGGAUCAAAGCCUGGUGACCCGGCCCAGCCCCAGGGUGCUGCUGUGCUUCCCCGUGCCGCGGUGCCCCCCGGCUGCCCCGGCGCCUCCUCGAGCAGCGAGAGCGCUGGGGGUGUGCAAACCACCCCCUCCCGCCCCCACCCCGGUUUAUUUAUUGACCUCCUCUAGCUGGACGUUCCUGUGUGACAGGAAACCCCCCUGUCCCUUCCCGUUCCCGGAUGACAAGUGCAAUAUUCGUGUGUGUCGCGGCCGAGUUCUCCGGCGGAGUGGAUGCCUUUUUUUUUUUCUUUUUUUUUUUUUUUUUUUUUUUUUGGGUGUGUACAUUUUGUAAGUAGCAGGUUUUACCUGACAGACCAUUCCCUGGCAGCAGGCCGCUGGGGGAGCCUGGUGUAUAUAUCAUGCCCUGACGAUGGAGGGUUUGGUGAUGGAGAAAAGCAGACGCCUCUCCUGACUCUGGAUAACAAUACUGUGUUUUGGGAAGCAGGGGGGGUUCCUGCUGGCCCUGGCAGAGCGGGGUGGACUGCCUGCCUCCCAGUUUACAGUGCAAAAGCAUCUCUGCAGCUAGAAAAAAAAAAUUAAAAAUACAUUGUCAUGGUCAUAGGUAAAUAAAAGGAGAAUAUAAUUUCUUGUA